AUGCUCCUCUUCGAGACGACCGAAGGAGUCAUUGAAGUCCUCUGGGACAUCGCCCUGGCCUUCUUUGCCUUCCGUCUCGCCCUCAUCUACGGCGGCCUUAUCCUCGCGAGCUACUUUCUCUUCGCCUAUCUGGCCUAUGCCCCCUCCUCUCUGCUGCCCAGUCUGCAUCUCCCCCGCUAUUUGUCUGCCAUAGUGCCUGCUGGCCCGGGGGCAGAAACUUCUACUAUUUCUCCCCUCCCGCUCCUCCUUCUCGCAACCGCCCUCGCCGCGCGCAUCACAAUCGCCCACUACGAGGUGCCUCGCUCUCUGACCUUCCGCUUGGCUGUCGGCGUGCUGGCUGCCGUGCUUGUGCUGCUGACUGAGGGUAUCGGAAAGCUUGUUGCAGUGGAGUUUGGGCAGGACAAGCCGACAAUGACCAUUCUGCUGAGCCUGGGGCUUGGCAUGGGCACCUGGGAAAGGAUGGGUGCUGGGUUAGUGAGUGUUGCGGGCAUGCCAGUUGCCGAAAUGUGGAUAGAGAAGUGGACAGAAGGGGGGAAGAGGAAGGGUAAAAGAGAUAUGCAAGCAGGUCUUGAUAAUCGGAGACAAGAUGCACUGUAG